AUGUUUCCUGGACCGAGCACAGCAUACAUGAGGACGAGAAUAACUCUACAAACUGCAACAUUCUUUCCCACACAUUCUGUAGAACUUAUGCGCACAAAUAAAACGCUUUCGUAUUGUAUUACCAAUGUUGGUCAAUGUUUUACAUCAUUAAUGAUAAAACGACCAUAUCAAGAAGCAACAUCUUUCUGUUAUCAAAGAUGGCAGUUCGAUGGAUCUAUUAAACCCAGAUAUAUACAGCAAGUAUCAGCUGAAGAGUAUGAUCCCAAAAAACACAAACAACCAACCUUAGUUGAUGACGCUUUUAUAGAAAAUUGGCUAGAAUGGAAACUUGAAAAUUUUUAUGGAUUUCAAUACGUAGACCCUGAUAAAGAUCUUAUCCAAAUAAAAAUUGCUAUUAACUGGACAUGUCCUCGAAACCACACAGAAUUUGUUUCUAUACCAUCUCAAUGUUCAUCAUUUCUUGUGUGUAUCAAAAAUCAAGAAGAACCAGCAUGGAUUGCUAACUGUCCACCAAAAAUGCAUUUUAGUCCACGAAGCAGAAUAUGCGUUUUAGAUGAGAAUGUCUGUCCGCAAUUUAAAAGAUCCAUCUAUUCAAAAAAACAUGACGUUCUAUCACCAGUAACACUAUCACCAUCACCAUCAUCACCACCACCACCAUCAAUAACAACGCAAAAAAUAGCAAGCGAACUAAUAAAAGUAGGUAUCUUAAGAAUCAUUUUUAUACUGCGUUAAUUCUCAGCGUGUGCAAUUAUUAUUUUUCUUUCAACAAUCUACUAUUAUAUAUUUAUAUGAACUGCUACCUUUUUCCUCCUAGCUAAAUCCAUUGCAUAUAAUUUUAACA